CAUACCUAGAAUUUGCUGAAAUCACACUUCACAAAACAAAACCCUAGGAGAGAGGAACCACAAGGGUUUAUCACUUGUACUCAGCUAAGCACCAAUUUUGCUUCAAUGGGCACUAAACGAAAAUCAUCAUCUUCAACCCCAAAUCUCCAAUCUGAAGAACAAAAACACAAACUUGAACUAAGCGAAGAAGAAGAAGAAUUUGAAGAAGAAGAAGAAGUAAUCGAAGUAAUAGAAGUAGAAGAAUCCGAGCCCGACCCCGAACCCGAACCCGAAUCCGACAGUGAAGACGAAUCAACAAAGCGAGAUAACAUCCAUAAACUUCUUUCACCAUUCACUAAAGACCAAAUAAUCAAUCUAUUCAAAACCGGAUCAUCAAACGACCCAUCAAUUCUUUCUCGGCUCAAAACACUAGCCGACACCGACCCGACCCACCGCAAAAUCUUCGUACACGGGCUGGGCUACGACGCAACAUCCGAACUGCUCCUAAACGCCUUUAAACCCUAUGGAGAAAUCGAAGAAUGCAAAUUAAUUACCGAUAAAGUUACUGGAAGAGCUAAAGGUUACGGGUUUGUGUUGUUUAAAACUCGGGUCGGGUCAAAAAGAGCUUUAAAGGAGCCCCAGAAGAAGAUUGGGAAUCGAACUACCUCGUGCCAGCUGGCGGCUGCGGGGCCCGUUGGGACGGGGAAUCAAGAUUUUGGUGGCAGGAAAAUUUAUGUUGGGAAUGUGGGGCCUGAUGUAGAUAGUGAAAAGUUACGAGCUUUUUUCGCGAAAUUUGGGGAGAUUGAGGAAGGGCCAUCGGGUAUUGAUGGUGUUAGUAGGAAAUUUAAGGGGUUUGCGAUAUUCGUGUAUAAGAAUGUUGAAGGUGCUAAUAAGGCGUUGGAGGAACCGUUGAAAUCGUUCGAUGGGUGUCAAUUGUUUUGCAAGAAAUUCGUUGAGAAUUUGAAUAAUAAUGCUACUAAGAGUAAUAAUGAAAAUCAAGGUGUGCAGCAAAAUGAGAUGAGUUAUGGGUAUGGGCCCACGGGUAUCAAUGCGAUGCCUAUGCCUAUGCCUCUUGUGAUGGGGCAAAACAUGGGAUUUGGAGUGAAUCCUUUGUUGGGAUUUAAUCCUUCGAUUGGAGGGAUCGGUGCUGGUUAUGGUAUAAAUGGAAUUAGUCCGGUUGUUGUAGGUAGUUAUGGUGACCCGGCUUUGCAGGGAUUAGGGACUUACCAGGGUGCACAAAUAUGGCAGCCUUCUUAUGGAGGAACAGCAGCAAUGGCAACAGUAACUACACCUGCAAAGGAUACCUAUCCCUCGUCUUUGGGCCGAUAGACACAAUAUGUUGCUGAUAAUGCUCGUCUCCAUGAUACUUUUCCUUCUGUUGCGCAUUGAUUGGUUAAUUUUUCUUGCGCUAGACUUAUGAGCUGAUACAUGGCUUUUGAAAAUAUAAGCUGUUUUUGUUUUUCGUACAAA